GACAAGAAGUGAGAACUCUCUCUCUCUCUCUCUCUCUCUCUCUCUCAAUCGAAUUCACUUCGCCGGAGGUUUUUCGGCAAACUAGAGAAGGCCUAUCGGCGGCGAGAAGACCUUGUUCCAGCGUUCUCCGGUGGAACAGCUAGCAUCCAAGUUUCCAUGGCACCAUCUUGGCUGUACUGUUUAUUCCUCUCCAAGAGAAUGUGUGUGGACGGAGAAGCCUCAUCUGCAAAUUGUCUCCACCCGAUGGCAGAAGCUGAUUCAUCAAUUUCUGAACAUGCUAUCAAGGUAAGGAAACCUUACAUAAUAACGAAACAACGAGAAAGAUGGACUGCUGAAGAGCACAAUAAAUUUCUGGAAGCACUGAAACUUCAUGGCCGAGCCUGGCGAAGAAUAGAAGAGCAUAUAGGAUCGAAGACUACUGUUCAGAUUCGAAGCCAUGCACAGAAGUUUUUUUCCAAGGUGACACGGGAGUCAUCAAGCAAUAAUCCAAGCACUGUCAAAGCUAUGGAGAUACCUCCUCCACGACCCAAAAGGAAACCAAAUCAUCCAUACCCCCGUAAAUUGGGUCAUCUAUCCAUCAUGAAAGGCCCUCUUAUAGAUGCACAGCUGUGGCCUUCCAUAGCAAAUCAAUCAGUUUCCGAGCAGGAGAGUAAAUCGCCGACAUCGGUGUUGUCUGCAUUUGGAUCUGAUACAAGUGGAACAACUGCUGCUGACACCCUAAAGCCUUGUAUGUCACCAGUUUCAUCUGUUGAUAAGACAGUCUCGGUAGAGGAAAUAUUGGUUGAACAAAUUACCUCAGCUGAAUACAAAUGUAAUAAAUCAUCGGAUACCUCUCCUUCCUUGACCCUGCAAGAUAUAUCUCCUAUGGAAUUAGACUUAAGCAUUCAAGAUUGUUUUGCUGCUAAAGAGGCUCCAGUUACAGGACAGAACAUAACAUGUCUUAGAUUGUUUGGAAGGACCGUUGUAGUAGCUGGCUUGCAGCAGCAGCCUUCGAGUAAGAAGAAUCAGUCGGAAUAUCAGGAACCUAAUAUGGUUUCAUUUCCUUCUUUGUGGAACUUGUAUGGAGUUAUGCCGUUCCACUCUUCAGGAGCUCUGAAUCCAUCAGAUCAAAGUCCAAUGCCUUCCAAAGAUGAGAGCUUUUUACAUAACGAAAGUUCUCAAACUGAUUCCAGCACUACCUCUGAUAGCAAUUCUGAGGCAGCUGAGAUUGGUAUUCAAAUGAAGAAAUUUCCUCCAGCACCAGUGCUGAAGCCAAGCAAGAACUCAGCUUUCAGCAGUUUGAUUCCAUAUUCUGCAAACUCUAACAGAGGCUUUGUGCCUUACAAAAGAUGUGUAGUUGAGAAGGAACGGCCGCGCACACCUGUGGCCAACAUCGAAGGAAGUAGCUAUUGGGAAAAGCUUGGGUGUCAGUAGAGGAUACAGAAUCUCUCAACUGUUAUCAAUUUGUUUGUUGAGGUGAUUAGAGAUGAUUCUGCCCACUCUGUUUUAUCUUCUUCUCUCGUUUUAUUUCAGUUGUAGAUUUGAUGGCUGCAGCUGUUUCAUCUGUUGUUGUUGUUGAUGAUGAUGAUGAUGAUGAUGAUGAGUGGAAGGUCAGCUGCAGUGUGGACACAGAUUCUCCAGCUCCUCUUGUUGAAUAUUAGAUUAAACUUACUUGAAUUUUUGAAUAAUUGCGGUGUAUUAAGUUAUUUAUUAACGCUAAUAUCACACUUCUCUUUUCCCGUGGUGCUGCAUAAUGUGUAAAAUUCGUGAGAUGUCUUACUAACUUCAUGUCUUCAUGGUUUUAAUUUUACGUAUUGUUGUAAACUGUAAUGAGGAAUAAUCUCUUCUCUCUUUUUAUUCAUAACUUUUGCUCGUUUCAGGUUGGCAUUUU